AUGGAAGCCAGAGUCCUCUUUGCAGUUUUCUGCACACUCAUCAUCUGCUCUUUUGGUGCUGUUUUCUCCACUCGAGCCCGCAGAUAUCACACACGCCUUGAGAGCAGUGUAGCACUCAGAAAUCAGUCAACCAGUCAUCACAGCAGAUACCCUCAGUACAUGAUGCAGCUGUACCACUCCUUUAAGUCUGCCGAUUCCAUCUCUUCGCUAGCUGUCAACGCCAUAACUUCACAAAUUGACAACCCAUCAGUGCACAACUUUGAUUCGGUCCUGAGUCUGGUGGCCAAAGGUUGCCAUCAAGUGGGGGACCGAUGGAAAUUGAUGUUUGACAUGUCAUCAAUCUCCGCUAGGGAGCUUGUCCAGCUGGCAGAGCUACAAAUCAGGCUACCUGCUUUCUCUGCCUCUAAACAUGCCACUGUGGAUUUAUAUCACUCCCCGAGACAGAGCUGUGACCCAGGCAGAGCAUCAUGUCAGGAAGAGGACUUUUUCUUAGGGAGUUUUGAUACAACACCCAGCAACACAAAGCCAUCCUGGAAGGUAUUUAAUGUGACUGCUCUCUUGAAGUACUGGCUGUAUCAGGCAGGUACAGUGUUGAGCCCCGAGGCCUCAGGAGAGCCUGAGACAGAUCAUGGGAGCGGUGCUGGGGAUGAAGAGAAGAUCAGUGACAAACCCUCUUUGAGCAGUUUUGAAAUGAGGCAAAGAAAAACACACUAUCUAACCACAAAUCGAGUCAUAAUGGUCAUCUUCGCCAAACAAAACCUACGUCACGAAAGCCAUGCAGCAUACGGUCUCAUUCAUACUGUGGAAAACUCCAAGUACGUGACAAAAGGUGCAGUCAGCAGUGACAGUCAAAGCCGUCGCCACAAAAGAAACCGAAUGGAGAGGAUGCGGGUUGCUGAUAGAGCUGUACCUACUGUGGCACCAACAAUGGAUCCGGUUCAACGACCGCUGUGUCGGAGGGUGGACAUGUGGGUGGACUUUGACCACAUUGGGUGGGAUGAGUGGAUUGUGCAUCCAAAACGCUACAAUGCUUAUCGCUGUGAAGGAGAGUGCCCUACACCACUGGAUGAGUCCUUCCACCCCACCAACCACGCAUACAUGCAGAGCCUCUUGAGACUUCAUCAUCCAGACAGAGUUUCUUGCCCAUCUUGCGUGCCAACGCGCCUCAGCCCGCUUUCCAUGUUGUACUAUGAAAACGAUGACUUGACUCUGCGCCAUCAUGAGGAAAUGAUUGUUGAAGAGUGUGGCUGCCACUGA